GAUAAAUAAUCUUGUAUAUGCCGUGAGUAACGUGGAAUUAUAAUUUAUUAGUUUAUCCGCAAUUUCAGUUAUAAAGUAGGUACAUAUAAAUUAUAUUAUAAAUUCAAGGUUGGCGGUUAUGAUGGAGAGAGUUAUUUAAAUACUACAGAAGUUUUUGACUGCAUAACUCAAAAAUGGCGUUUGAUAUCUGAUAUGUCUACUAGAAGAAGUGCUGUCGGACUUGGAGUAUUGAAUAAUCUUUUAUAUGCGGUCGGAGGUUUUGACGGUAUAUCACAGCAGAGAUUAAAAUCAGUGGAAUGUUAUCAUCCCAGUCUUGACAAAUGGACAACAAUCGCAGAAAUGAGUUUAGGUCACAGUUCUGUGGGUAUAGGCGUUUUAGAUGGGGUACUGUAUGCUGUAGGUGGUCAUGAUGGAGUAAAUGUGCACAGGAGUGUUGAAGCAUACAGACCAACUACAGGGGUUUGGACAACUGUUGCAGAUAUGAAUUUGUAUCGACGCGACGCAGGAGUAGCAGUAUUGGAUGGAUUAUUGUAUGUCGUAGGUGGUUACGACGGGCUUUCCGUUCUAGAUUCUGUAGAAUGUUACAACCCCAACACCAAUACAUGGACCAUGGUCACAGCGUCAAUGAGUGUUCCACGAAGGUUUUUAGGAGUAGUAGCCAUUGAUAGUCCACAUUUUAAAACUUGUUAGUAUUUGUGAUUUUUUUUU